AAGUAGUCGACGGCUGAACUGGAUUGGAAACUCGGAGUAUAUAAUGAGGACAACCCGGGGAGUUUUUUGCUAUUUCUACUACAACUGAAUUUCUGUCUGCUAAAUCCACCAACUGAAUCCGAGCUGACGUUUCAUUUGAAUUUAUUUUAAGGUCACACGCCGUUACGUUUCUUCCCCUCUCGACAUAUUUACAAACGUCUCUUCUGCUGGAGGAGUCGUCGUCGUCAAGAAGAAGAAGAAUUAAUUUAAUAUUUCCAUCCAAUAUUUAUGAAAAUUUAGACCAAUAAAAUUUCAUUUAUUACAACCCGUCGUUAGUCAAAUCUAAUCAGAGUUGUAGUAUUUACUAGGGAAAUGCAAACAGUAUCAGCAAAGUGUACAUAUUAUGCAUACAAAAUGUGAACCGAGUUGAAAAGUGUAAUCUCAAAGUAAUCAUUCAAAGGACACUGACUGACAAGCAGAAAUAAUUUCUCUUUGUCCUAACAAAUAUAGAAGUUUCAUGUAAAGUUGUCCCAUUAGUAUCAGCAAAGUUCUUGUUCUUAUACCCAUUUGGAGUAUAAUAAUUAGACAUCAUUCAUAUGGUAUUUCCCGUGUUUAUUCAUCCCGAUAAAGGCGAAGGAGUUUAAGUAUUUUCGACAAGAAUUUAGUCAGGUUUAAGGUUGGGUUAAACAUUUAUUACUACAACUAACAAACUGCUGAACUCUGUAAUUUGAGUUAGUCUCUCUCUCUCCUCGUCCUUGUAAUAGUAGUAAGUUCGUUAGUUUUGUGGUGUGAUUGAGGAGUCGUGCAUUGAGACAUUAAAGCCCUGUAUAAGCAGGCAUAUAAUGAGAUCUACUCGUCACAAAUUUAAAAUGUUACGGGGCAUCAGCAGUCGAUCCUCUACUACCAACGGUGGUGAUGGUAUUGGAGGUGCUUGCGGUGGUUUACCUUAUCGAAAACAAGUUCAUUAUCAACACUCUGCUACUUUCCAACGCCAUUCCUCUGCCGACGGGACACAGAGCCACAAGAAUAAUAAUCAAAAUCAUAAUCGCAGCGAUACCAAAAAGUUUCACAGAAGCAACUCAGACGGUCAAGUGAACGGAAGUAGUGCUGGAAAUAGAAGUCCACGAAACAGGCCUUACAACCAGCAUCCGACACCUUUUAAAGUCUCAGCGACGAUCCCGCUGUCCUCGUCAUUCAUCAAAUCUGGUGAAAGUAAUAACAACAGCAACAAUUUUUCUGAACGUAUUCAGAGCCUAACUUGGACCGAGAUUCACUCGUCCACGACAUCCACCAUGGAUUGCAAACUCAACUCGGAUAUCAGAGCCAAGGCCUUUGCCAUCUGCAAAGACUACCUUCACGGCGUAUGGAAGGCGAUCGAUGCCAGGGAUUUGGCAGUCAAACGAAUCAGUGGAGGACUCAGCAACUAUCUGUACCACUGCUCGCUGCCCCCCACACUGACGCCAUUGUACACGGAGCCAAUUCAAGUUCUGCUUCGAUUCUAUGGCCAGGUUCACGGUGAGGGUGCUCUGGAGUCAUUGAUAACAGAGUCCGUAAUAUUUACUUUGUUGUCUGAGAGGAAGCUUGGACCUCGGCUGUAUGGGAUCUUCCCAGGAGGUCGCGUAGAAGAGUUCAUUCCAGCUCGGCCACUGUUGACAGUAGAACUUAGAGAUGAGGAACUGACUUUGUUGAUUGCUCAAAAAAUGGCUCAAAUACAUGCUUUAAAUAUUCCAAUUAGCAAGGAACCGUCUUGGCUUUGGGGGACCAUGGACAGAUGGAUGGCCAAUGUUGAGGAAAGUCUCAUGAAAAUUUCACUAAAAGACAACCCGAAAUCAGAUAUUAUUCAGAGGUUGAAGGAGUUCAAUUUGCCAGGGGAACUUUCUUGGCUGAAGAAAUACUUACCGACCGUGGACAGUCCUGUGGUAUUCUCGCACAACGACUUGCAAGAGGGGAAUAUUCUGAUUCGUCCAGAAUUCGAGUCAGCCGAUGACAAACUUGUUCUCAUUGAUUUCGAGUAUUGUUCUUACAAUUAUCGAGGGUUCGAUCUGGCCAACCAUUUCUGCGAAUGGAGCUAUAAUUAUAAUGUUGACCUAUAUCCGAACUUCGCCUAUACUCCGACAGACUUGCCGACUCGUGAUGAAAAAGUGCGAUUUGUCCGAAGAUAUAUUCACAUUCUUCGUGAAGAAUACAAGCUAAACUUUCCGGAAGUUGAUGACGAGUUUUUGCGAGAGUCAUCCCUGUUUGAUGAACAACACAUUUUACGAGAAGUCGAAGCCUUCGUCCUCGCAUCACAUUUCUUUUGGAGUUUGUGGUCCAUUGUUAAUGCACAAGUUUCAAAAAUUCCGUUCGGAUACUGGGAGUACGGGCUCACCCGUUUAGAAGCAUAUUUUGAGCACAAGAAGAGAAUCAUCUAAACUGAAACCCUUUAAUUACAAGUAUUUUCAACAUUCAUGUUCAAUUAACACCACGAUUGAAAUUUGACGAAGCCAAGAACUGUGACUGUGCGGUGGUGAUGAUGGUGAUCACGCACUUACUGCUUCAUAAAUAAUAAGUGUGCUUAAUUCGUUCUCGUGUAUCUUUAGCCACAUAUUUAGUGAUAAUCAAAAGUCCAAUCUCUAUGAAUCAAUUUAAUGUAUCGCACAUAUCUCAUUCGGUGGUUGAGUCAAGUAUGGAAGACGAAGAAGAAGGAGGAGGAAUUCAAGGGUUGUCGUUAAUAUGGUCAUGAUAAUAAUAUCAAAAUACUUACUAGAUCCAAGCACUGAUAUAAUAAUCCUAGCAUAAUAAUUCAGAAGAAUUGUGGUACUGGACAGACUGAAUGCUGGCCUAUUCGUUUGGCUCUAUCUUUAUUAACAAGCAUCAUAAUAUUUUUCAUCCAUAGAUCGUUUCCACUUUUAAUCAAAAACAUUGUAAUUCGCUACUCAGUCAAAUGUAAAUAGAUAGAUAUUGAUUCCAGUGAAAUAGUGGUAAAAAUCAAACUCCAAACGAAAGACAUAAAUAAAUGUAAUAUAGUCCGACAUAUACUUUUAAGGGUAUAAAUUGUAGAGUCAACAUUCCCAAUUAUUUUUUGAUGAUGACCAAUUCGAAAUAUUGUUUAGAAAUUAUCAACUAUUUUUUUUAGAUCUCUUUGUCCAACGUGAAUCGAAAAAUAUAUAUUUUUCAUUUUGGUUUUGUAACUCACCUCUUAACACAAUUUAGUAUAUUUGAGAAUUUUAAACCUUAAGUUUUUAUUUCCGAUUUAAGUAGCAGGAGAGAUUAAUUUUUAGAAAGAACUGAUGAUAAAACAUCGCAAUAACAGAAUAAUUUCAACUUUUUUGCCAAGUCAGGCUUCCCAAAUAUGUUAUAUCCUAUGUCACUAGAAUUACUUAAUAACAUGCUAUAUAAGAUUAUUGAGUUUUAUUCAGAAAAUCAGCUAGAAGUAAUAUUUCAUUAAUUUAUCGCCUCACAUUUUCAUGUUUCCCUUGAGCGUCACUAAGAAUAUUGUCUGCGCUAUGGAGCCUGUUUAGCAUAGCCUAUGCAACAUUAUUGAGCCCAAGACUAAUUUGCAUUUGAGACGUUACAUACUUGGGACAGAAAAGUUGCCAGCAUGGCCAAGAUACAAGAUUAUUGGCGACGUACAUGGGCAAUUCUGAAAAUCAAACUCCGGAUCCUGUUCAACCACCCUGCGUUACUUUUACUUGCUUACUUACUCGUAUUUACUAUGGGGCACACCUCGUAAUUCCAGUAAACAAGCACUUCCAUCCAAUAACCACUGCCACCAGAGUGGUACAUGAUACAACAACAAUGACCCUGUCCUUACAAUAACCAAGCACAACAAGCAUUGUCAUGCAAACUAGGCUUGCUUUUUAAUUUAUACCGUUGUUGUUGGCUUCUGAUAAGGGCGAAAAACCAGGUAAGACUUUGAUAACUAAAGGUCGUGGAAUUUUAAAAGUUUCGCUUUAUGCAACUCGGUCAAUUGGAUCGAUUUUAAACUUUAAAUAGUCAAUAUAUUAAGUUGUUCUUCCCCACUUGACUUUUUAAAGUCCUGUUCAAUUUAUCACUAAAUUUGCAAAUUUGCGAAAUUUGAUGUAUUAAAGCUAAUUAGAUUCAUGAUAUAAAUUCGAGAGUGCAGAUGCAUUAAAAAAACUAACCUAACCAUCAGCUUACUUACUUUCCUUACUCAUUACCUACUUACAUAAAAUUUGUAAUAUACCAUAAUUAGUCAUUACACACUUAAAGUUGACUGCUCGUAAAAAAUGUUUCAUUCCUGUCUCAAAAGUCAGGCAAGGAAAAAUACUCGAAUAAAGAAUCCUUCUUUAUUACAAACUAUGCAGACAGCCAUUAUUAUUACUACUGUAAAGUGAAACUUGCUUUACUGUUUUAGGGACCGCGAAAUAAAUGUGCUAAAAACUAAUAUUUAUACAAGAAGCAAUUAUUAAAAUUAUAGCUGGCUCCGAGUUCAUGUAUAUGCAACCAAUUAAGUCUUGUGAUGAAAAUUGCCAUUGAUCUUUAAUGCUGAUAUUUGUGUACCUGCCGCAUUCAACUGUUGUACAUAGUGGCGAUUGAUAAACAAUUAUAGAUUUUUGAAUUAGCCACACACAUCACAUGAGCACAAAUUUCGAAAAUCCGCAUAUGCAUAAAAAUGUGUAAUGUAUGUACUUCAAUAAUAAUAAUAAUGUACUGCUAAAAAAUAUUGUAAAACUUGUUUUCAUCGGCAACAACUUGAAUUCUGAAUAAACUUUUAAAAAUAUA